AUGUUUUCUCCAUUUCCAUGGCUGUUAUGGGAAUUCUUGAGUUAUGGAGCUCUGAUGUCCACCAUCUGCGUCUGCUGUAAUAAUGCAAAUAAAGCGGGAAAAAACAAACAAACUCUCUCCAAAUCGAAGUCCGGCGACAGUGUGGGCAAUAAGAAGUCAGAGCAGAAGAAAGAGAGGGUCAAGGCCAGUCCGGUGCAACAACCUGAUCCAGAAAAAGGUGCAAAUCUGCCUCACAAGGGGUAAGGAGGGCGUGGGCAAUAUUAAUCUAUUUUUCAGUGGGGAUGGGAUAUCCAAACAGCCAAAGGACACCAAAGAAAAACUGAAUAAAGCUAAGAAGAAGGAAUUGUAAGUUUCAUUAGGCACUUGUAAUACAAGUUAUUUCAGAAGUAAGCAAGAGAAAACAAAACAAGAGAAAUCUGGAGAUACAAAGUCAAAUAAUGAGAAGAAGGGAUCCCCAAAAGAAGAGACCAAGAAGGAUUCUUUAAGUGAAGGAGAGGAUGUUGUCAUUAAGGAGGACAAGGUGAAGAAGAUGGGAUUAUUGGAUGAGGAAGUUAGGAAUAGACAACAGAAGGAUCUAAAAGAAAUUCAGGAGAUGGGAUCUGAGCACGAACUGGACAAGAGACCUCCUUCCGAGCCGAUUGCAGGGAAAAAAGUUGCCAUCAAAGAAGAACACUGUAAACUUUAUGAAACGGAACACGAAGGAACCUUGGACGAAUAA